UUCAUUAUGUUUCUCGCGCUCGAAACAAGCGGAUCCGCCGACGGCUACAGGGGGUUGUUUUGCGGUCCGCAGGUCUGUGUGUAUCGGGUUUUGCUUUCUUCUUCAGCAGCAGCAGCAGCAGCAGCAGCAGCAGCUUCCAUCCGCAAGAGGAUUUGCAAGCGGCAGCAUCAAGCGAAGAAGAAGUUGUGCUGAAUCGCAGCAUAUCCCUGACCGUAGGCUGGCAGCAAAAGCAAAGCCACCCCCUGUGUUCAACCCACCCCUGUGAACGGUGGUUAGAGAACGCAUCUCUCCAUCCAUCCUCUUCGGGCCGAGAGCAAAAUUUUCACCUGUGCCGUGUGUGGUGUGUGUCUGUGUAUCCAUCUCGCGGUGGGGAAGAGUUUUGUGUGUUUUGUGUUUGCGUGUGUGUGGUGGGCUCGAUUGUGUCAACGACAACACAGGCCGCUGUUGGGCACCAGGCAACGCGCUGGCCGGGCAAGGGAAGAGCGGUGUGGGGGAAAUGGAGGUGAGUGGCGCGCAUGUGUAUACGUGUAUAGCGUGAGAAGAGAAAGGGCUUCAUCGCCAUCAUUUCUACUCUCGCUCCUGUCCGCGUGUGUGUGUGUGUGUGUCUGUGUUGGAUGCUGGCGGAAAAGCUCCCUUUGAUGGUGUGUUUUUCUCCGAGGUGCGCCGAAAGAAGCGAAGCGAAAGAAGUGGUACAACGUUGUAGUAAAUCAAAGUUCUCUGGCCGCUAAGACGGCUGUGAAGGCAAAAGUCCAAACAAGAAGCAAAAGUUGUGCAAAGAAGUGUUGAAUAUCUCUUUCAACCGUCUCUGUGUGUGUGUGUGGAUGCUGUGAAGUGGAUGAGGAAAAGAGGGAGCGUCCGAAAGCCAUUUCCGGCGUUGGAAGCAAACGUGAAAAUCGGCUCUUGAAGCGAGCGAAGGGUGGUGGGAGUGGAGGCCCGCUCCCCGUCAACAGGAGGCUGUCCGUGCUCAAGUGCUCAGAGUGAAAAAAGCCAUCAUAAUGGCAGAGUGAUUCAGAGAAUGCCGUGAAAAGUCUGCAAAUUAUAAAAAAGGUGAAGCUAAAUGUGUGUGAAAUAGCUCCCUCCUCCUCCGCAAGCAAAUGUAAAUGCAAUUUCCGUAAGGCCUAAUCCCUAAUCCCGUCCGUGUAUGUGUGUGUUACAGUGCAAUACAGUUAAAGGAUUUGCUUUGCCCCCAACUCCCCCAAAAGUGCUGAAAAAGAGCUCCUCUUUACCCCGACAACAACAAAAGUGCUGCAUCGCUUCCAAGGGUGUGUUUGUGUGUCUGUGUGUGUGCGAAAACCGAGUUGGGGGAGUUCUGCACCCUUUUCCUGCAGCGGUUUACCACACCUUGCAGAUUGCGCUGGUCCGACGAUGCAAGAGUUCGUCGCUUGCAGCAGCAGCACCAGGAGCAGUUCCUUUCCUUAGGGCUCACUGUGCAAUGUGUGCGCGUGCGGGGCAAAAAAGUAGAACAAAAACCGGAAAAUAAAGCUGCUCCCACCAUGAUGCCUUCGUCGUUGUUGUCGUCCGCUGGCCCGUCAGCGGUGUGCCGGGACGCGUUUCUAAUGCACAGUAGGCGGCGAGCUGCGGUUUCCACCGGUGCGGGGAAGGGGCAGCAGUAAAAAGGUCCCAGUUUGUGUGUCUGUGUGAUGAAAUGUAUGUGAGCGCGUAUCCGUUGUGACCGGUUUAGUGAGUUAAUUUAAGCUGAAAAGUAAAUCCACUUGAAGUGUUGUGAGUGCGAGGAGAAAGAAAGGCGAAGCCAGCAUUUGAAAAAUGCAAGUUUAGUGAAAACCAGUGCCCAGAGUCCGUUCAAGCGCAACGCCCAAGCAAGGAAGCAAACGGCUGGACCACAUUCCCAAGGUGCCACAGCCAAGGUGGUGGUGGUGGUGGUGCACGUUCUGCAGGUUCUGUGCAACUGCAAGCCAAUGCCACACGCCGGUUCGUGUCCGUGUGGGCCCCACUAGGGGUAGCCUUGGGCAUCUAGAAGCAAUCUAGCGCCGAUCUAGUGAUCGACGGGAGGGGGUAACGAGAACAAAGCAUAUAGAGUUAAACCGUUUGCCAACACACCGCGGUACGGCACACCUUUGUGUGCGGGAGGCCAGUGAGAUACGUGAAAGUAAAACGCGUAGUGUGUACGUUAAAGCAGCGCGCAUUCCAGGUGUUUGAAGUUCCACCGUGUGGAGGAACAGAUCCCGGAAAUCAUGUCCGGCGGUAAGGAUCGUCGAUCAAGGGCGAGCAAAACGCAAGGAUGGGAAGAGGCUGGCGGCGAGUUUUACCAGGAGAGCUAUCCGGCCGACCUGGAGGGUAUGCAGCGAGAUCCAUCGAAGAUUGCAACCCUGCUACCGUCGAAGCAAACGCGAAAUGCUACGACAAGGCGCGUCCGACCUGCCCAGGGGCAGGACACGAAAGGUGGUACGAGGCGGCGGGCCAGCUUCUCGACCGUUGCCCGCCGAGGCUCACAGUACCACGAGAUGCAGGUGGCCACCCUGCCCGAUCUAUCAGAGAACCUGAUUAACGAGGAGCGAACAUGGGAGGAGAUUCGGGAGAUCAAAUCGAUGCCGGUCCCGAUGGCACAGAAGCGAGAAAUGAAGGCACAGCUACAGAAUGCCACCAAACUCCGACUGCAAGGCUUCGAGCAGAUCAAAUGGCGCCGGCGGAAAGCGUGGCAAAGCUUUCGUUCCAAGUGGGGCGAAUACCAGACCAAGCUCGAGCUGUGGCGCAUGUCGCUGAAGACGAUCGAGGGCAACUUCGGGACGGGCGUAGUCGCGUACUUCCUCUUUCUGCGCUGGCUAGUCUUCUUGAACCUGCUGCUGUUUCUGCUGAUCUUUGCGUUCGUCGUACUGCCCCACCUAGUGCUGCGCGAACCGACUGACCUGCCAUGCGAUCUGGUGACGGAUCCAACGUCUGUCCAGUGCUGCUCGGAAAGCUACGAGAAUGUGACCCGUACGGCUCAGUUCUCGGUGCUGGAUCUGAUACAGGGUACGGGGUUCGUCGAGGGGACGCUGCUGUUCUACGGCAUGUACACGAACCAGAUCUACGGUUACAGCCCAAUGGAGGAUCGAGCGUACCAUACGGCGCGUCAGUUGCGCAUGUCUGCGGCAGCCGCAGCAGCGAUUAAUGGAUCGACCGUGGAAACCAGUAGGCUGCUGGAGAGCGACCUGCCCGACCCGGAGCGGCAAACGAUCCUGUACUACGAUCUGCCCCUCGUGUACGUGAUCAUCAUCGCGAUCUACUACAUCAUCACGCUCGUCGCCAUCAUGCGGGCGGUCGUGCGCCAGUUUAAGGAUCGGAUCGCCGAGGGCGAAGGCCUGUUCUACCAGUACUGCAACCUGGUGUUCGGCGGGUGGGACUUUUGCAUCCACAACCAGAAGUCGGCCGACAUCAAGCACCGGGCGCUGCACAACGAGAUCAAAUCGCUGCUCUACCAGAAGCGGUUCGAGCACGAGCGCAACAAUCGGUCGCGCGAGUUUAUGCUCAAGCUGAUCGCGAUCCGGAUGCUGGUCAAUCUGGUCGUGUUUGUGAUACUGCUGCUCGCUGCCAUUACAAUCUACGUGCUGUUUAACGUGUCGCUGGCCGAGCUGGAGCCGAACUUUACGCCCUCGCAUCCGGUCAGCUUCAGCGAGGGCAUCGGUAACCGGACGCUGUACAUGAGCUGGCCGUCGUCCUGGUCGGUGUUUUCGUCCGCGUCCCAGCGCGGUGCCAUAUCGUUCGCCAGCACCAUCACGCCACUGCUCUCGUCGAUCAGCGAUGAGGUGGGAGCGGGUGGUGGUGGUAGUGGAGGGUUCAAUGCGACCGACCCGACGAUGGAGCGGCUCUCGCUGGAGGAGAAGCUGCGCGUGCUGUUCUACGAGUUCCUGCCUUACCUGGCGAUCGUGUGCAUGAAUCUGGUCGUGCCGCAGCUGUUCAACUAUCUGGUGCAGUACGAGAAGUAUUCGCCGCUGUUCGUGAUCAAGAUCAGCCUGUUCCGGACCGUGUUUCUGCGACUGUCGUCGCUGGCGGUGCUGCUCAGCCGGUUCUACUUUCUCAUCACGCCCAUGAACGUGACGCAGAAGCUGCUGCUGAAUGCGUCGUCCGAGCAGGGCGUGGAGCAAAUCCUCACGACCACGUUGGCUCCUUCGACGACCACUGCCAUGCCCGUUACUACUACCACCACCACCAUCAGCAGUACCAGCACCACACAAGCCAGUCUCGUGAGCACCGUCGCAUAUCAGCUGCCCGAAGCGAAUGCCUCACUCGUAGCGAAUCUAACCGCAACGACGAUCUCAGUACUGGGCACACUCCUUCUCGACCGUCAAUCGCCCGUGGCCGAGGCACAGACGCAGCAACAGCAGCAGCAGCUGCCCACCCAGUGCUACGACGAGCAGAACGGUGCGCCACAGUGCUGGGAAACGUUCGUCGGUCAGCAGUUCUACAAGCUGUUCAUCGUCGACUUUGCGACGCACUUUCUCGUGACGUUCUUCGUGAACUUUCCGCGGGCACUGUUUGCGCGCCACUCGAGCUCCCGGCUGGCCAAGUUCAUCGGCGAGCAGGAGUUCGAGCUGUCCAAGCACGUGCUGGACGUGAUCUACUCGCAGACGCUCUGCUGGCUCGGCACGUUCUACGCGCCCUUCCUGCCGGCGAUCGCCGCGCUGCUGACGUUUCUGAUGUUUUACAUCAAGAAGUUCGCCUGCCUGGUGAACUCGAACCCCUCCGCCAUCCUGUACCGGGCGUCCCGGUCCAAGUCGCUGUUCAUGUCGACGCUGCUGAUCUCGUUCACGCUCGCGCUCGUGCCGGUGGUGUACGCGCUGGCCGAGAUCGUACCGUCCCGGUCGUGCGGUCCGUUCCGCGGGCUGCCGUCGGUGUGGGACCGGGCCAUUGCGGCGUUCAUGAAGAUGCCGCAGUUCUUCCAGAACGUUAUCUUCUACUUCGGCACGGCCAGCUUCGCCAUACCGUGCUUUGUGGUGCUGACGUUCUUCAUCUACUACUACUACGCCGUGUCGACGGCCAACCGGCACAUGGUGCAGGUGCUGAAGCAGCAGCUGGUGCUCGAGGGCCACGACAAGCAGUUCCUGCUCAGCCGGCUCAGCCUGUUCAUCAAGCAGCAGCAGGAGUACCAGAAGCGCAUGAUGCGCCAAGCGGCCGAACAGCAGCAGCAGCAGCAGCAAUAUCAGCAGCAACACUCCGUUUCGAGCAACACGGCAAACAAUGUGAUACCGCCGCCGUCGGCAUACCAGCAGCAGCAGCCACCGGUUGUGCCACCGCCCCGGACCAACAGUCAGUUGCAAGCGUCGGAACCGACGCCAGCCCUACCUCCCCGAGCUGAUCGCGACUCCAAGCCGAGCAGUCGCGAUCGGCCGAAGGAUCUGCCGCCGCCGCCUAUCCCGGCUAGUGGUUCCAGUUCCACCGGCAAUACGACGGGUGCGAACUGAGGCGACCCAGCGAAUACCAUGAGAUUAGCCCACAGACUAACCAACGUUUGUUCCUUUCCUCUUCUCUCGUCCCCGAGGUGGACCGAGAGCGGACGUGCGCGACACACGCCUGCCGAUCGUGAUAUUAUAUUCCAACUGUUAGGUUCUCUUAUGGUUUUAUGAAAUCAGGCGAAAUUAAUAUUAUUUAUUUGUUAAGCUACUCCAGCACUUUAGGUUAUUAGAUUUGAGUUUAGAUAAAACGCGAUGCCUCGGCACUGUCUGGCGAAGGGAAGCGAACUUUAUCAGUGGCCAUCAGAGCAAUACGACGACUCCUCCUUCACAAGAUAUUAUUGGUCUGGUUUAGGACUCCAAACUCCUCAAACUGAGACGCAGAAAGAGAGAGGGACGACGAAUUAUUAUGAAGCUCAGGAGGAGGCUCAUGCUCAUACAAUUUUUGAGGGCGGUAUUGUAAAAAAAAGGUUUGCUAAUAAUCGGAGUGUCUCCUUUUCCUCUUUUAUCGCUCGCUUUG